GGCAAGACAUUAAAUCCAACCUCCCUCCAUCCAGACGCAGCGCGCAGCCUAUCAACCUGAUCUGAAGAUCGAAAAUAGGAGGGCUUAUAGUAAUCAGCCCUCGGACUCUCAUGACAAGGAAAAGUGUGGCAACGUUGUGGGAGCGCUCGGUACACACAGCAGGACGCUUACUGGCGCUGCGCGCUCAGCGCAUAACCAACCAGAUAGCGCGCAGAGAGAAACGGGGACGGUAGCAGCAUCCCUUGACGGAUGCAUUUUUUAGCUAAAUUCAGACGCUGUGGAGACUGACAACAGCGAGAGACAGAGAGAAGCCGGACGGGAAAUAACGCGUUUUUUUGGAGGGAUUUGAACAAAGUGCCGUUUUACCUUCGUCUUCUCCGGAUGCUCAGAAAUGGGGGAAUGGACUAUACUAGAGAGGCUCCUGGAGGCUGCUGUCCAGCAGCACUCUACUAUGAUAGGAAGGAUCCUACUAACAGUGGUGGUCAUCUUCCGGAUUCUAAUCGUAGCAAUAGUUGGAGAGACUGUCUAUGAUGACGAGCAGACCAUGUUUGUUUGUAACACCUUACAACCGGGCUGCAACCAGGCAUGCUACGACAAGGCAUUUCCCAUUUCACACAUUAGAUAUUGGGUUUUUCAGAUCAUCAUGGUGUGCACUCCGAGUCUUUGUUUCAUCACAUACUCGGUGCACCAGUCGGCCAAGCAGAAGGAGCGGCGCUACUCCACAGUCUAUCUGACACUAGAUAAGGAUCAAGAUUCACUGAAGCGAGACGAGAGCAAAAAGAUAAAGAACACCAUUGUUAAUGGAGUACUUCAGAACACGGAGAACUCCACCAAAGAAGCCGAGCCGGACUGUUUGGAAGUGAAAGAGAUCCCUAAUUCAGCCAUGAGAACUACAAAGUCCAAAAUGAGGCGACAAGAGGGCAUCUCCAGGUUUUACAUCAUCCAGGUAGUUUUCAGAAACGCGCUGGAAAUAGGCUUUUUGGUGGGUCAGUAUUUCUUGUAUGGAUUCAACGUCCCGUCCGUGUACGAAUGUGAUCGCUACCCCUGCAUAAAAGAUGUCGAGUGCUACGUGUCCAGACCCACGGAGAAGACUGUGUUCCUGGUCUUCAUGUUCGCGGUCAGUGGGUUUUGCGUGGUGCUCAACCUGGCAGAACUCAAUCAUUUGGGCUGGAGGAAAAUCAAAACGGCCGUGCGAGGCGUGCAGGCUCGGCGAAAGUCCAUUUAUGAGAUCAGAAAUAAGGACUUGCCGAGGAUGAGUGUGCCAAAUUUUGGCCGCACUCAGUCCAGUGAUUCUGCUUAUGUGUAACACAGGAGGAAGGAGUGAAAAAGAUGUAUAAAAACAAAUUAUAAGAAUAAACACCGUGAUGGACAUGAUGGACAGCUCCGCACGCCUAAUUCGUGUCAUGACUUAAAGAGUGGGCAGAUUUUUUUGAUUUGUUGGUCUUUUACGGACUUCAUGGCAAGCGUGGAUUACACGUUUGUUUACUUAUUUAUUAUUGCACUGAUGCAACUUUUUAGUAACGUUUAUACUCUGUAAGAUGCUAAAUGGAGACCAUGUUGAAGUGUUCACAGAUUUACUCUUUGUGGGCUGUUCUGCUGUACUUGAAGAGAGUAAAUGCAAAAAAAGAAAACAAACAAAAAAAUAAUUUGCACUAAGAGGUGAACUUGGAGAGCCUGACCUUAUCCAAAUGUGCUACUGACCUGACGGUGUUUUUAAGACAUUUUCUUUCCACCUAUUUUCUGGCACCAAUCUAAUUAAAUGGCACCAUACAAAAGGAAAAAUCUACCAUCAAGAUUUAUAUAUGCAUAGAUAUAUAAAUCCUUACUGACUAGUUGAAAUACAUCAGCUUAAUUCAUGUUUUUUGUUGCCUGUGUUGCACCACUGACCUUAACAUACAGUAUGUAACCAUUCCAUUGCUUAAUAGCUAACUUGCAAAACAGUAUCUGGUGAAUUUGCUGCAAACGCUAACGUCUGUGACUUCCUUAAUUUAUGACACACCAAAGCGCCCACUGCUUUUAUUUGUGAAGUGUUUUCUUGCUUUUGUGUAAUCAAGUGCCAUACUUGUAUAUAAACAUAAUAUAUAUAUAUAUGUAUACAUAUGAAUAUAUAAAUAUAUAAUAAUAAUCAUCAUGAAAGCUGAUUCCCUGCUUGGAUUAUGCUAAAUACCGCCCAAUUUUUUUAUUUUGCUUUAAAUGUAUUUGUUGUGAUUUAAAUGAAGAAAAUAAGAUAUACAGUUUUCUUUUGCAAAUGACUGGAAAAAGAAAUGAAGUGCUAGUCGUUUUUUUAUAUACAAGAAAGAAAAUGUCUCCCCCUCAAUCAAAACUAUCAGAUCAAAACUGAAAAAUAGCACAAAUUGACAUUUUUAUCAAAGAAUGGGCAAUAGAAAUCUGCUCUGGUGCUACAGUUUUUCAUAGAAUGGUUUUAAAAUGUAACCGAAACAGACCAAGGAAAAAAAAAAAGGAACAUCAUUUUUUUUUUCUGUGGAAAAUAAAAGUGGGAUUCAUGUACACCAGAAA